CUGUAACAGUAAAAAGAAACAAUUUUUGAAACCAUUUUUCCAAUCGAAAAUUUUUCUAUUCACCUUAAUAAUUAGCUAAUUGUCGAUGAGAAAAGAAAAUUUCUAAUUUAAUUGCUGCUCUUUUUUGAGUUCAAUUCGAAAAUUCAAAAAAGGCGCUCAAAAGAUGCGAGCGAAAGAGUAACUAAGUCGUUGCCAUGGUUACACUUGGAAGGAAACGGAAACUCCAAGGGUUCAGUUUUAAGAAAAAAGUUAAUUUGAUUAUUAAUUAAUUAAGUGAUAAAUUAAUUUAAUUAAGUGUUGAAUCUUGUAACAAUCGAUAGAGUAAAACUUGGUGCAUCGAAUGAGACCCUGGGAAAUUAAUGAUGACGGAAAUAUCGAGAUUAAUUAAGGAAAUUGGAACAGCCAUCACCUCCAAUAUUACUUACGAAAGUUUGGUUGAAAAGAUGACGGAAAAAGGCCUGUGCGAGGCAGUUGUUAAAAUUAAUUGUCAAUUACAAGACGAGAGUGAAGUUUCAUCCUGGUCACUGGAGAUAUUGUCUCAGCCAAUCAAAUAAUGAAGUUUUUUGGAGAUAAAGUAAACCUAAGGAAAACCCCAAGGAGAACACCUCAGAAACAAAAGAAUCAAGUACCUGCCAAUCAACAAACACUCUCACAAUUUAUUGGAAAAAAGAGAACAAGUGCUUCUAUUCUCAACACUCCAAAUAAAAAGAAAAAAGUUGAUCAGGUUGAUCUUGUCAGCACAGGAAGUGAUACUCCAGAUGAAGUUAACUUGGAUGUGGUUACUGACACAGAAGUUAAUUUGGAUGUUGUUACUGAUACGGAAGUUGAUGUCCAACAAUCGGAGAUAGAAGAUAUUAACUUUGAUGUUAACGCCGUUGGAGUAACGAUUGAUGAUUACCAUCUAAGUAAAGCCAAGAGAUCAAAGGUAAUCUCGAAGAAAUAUAAAGAAGAAGAGGAAGUUCCUGAAGGCUGGUACAAGGUUGAUCACCUUUCGCCCAAACCAAUUGUACUCAUUGAAAAAAUCGAGAAGAUAGAUGAGAUUGAGUUAAUGUUGGAACAUGUUAAAGGCAUCCUUGAGGUUGAAGACUCAGAUUUUGGAGAGAUCGAUGAUAUCACAACCACAAAUAGAUUUGUUAAAAUCUCCUUCAAGAACACUCAUAAUAGGGAUGUUUUCUGUCGUUAUGCUGAGAAAAAUCAGGAAGGUUGGAAAGUCACAGUUCCCACUCUGAGAAACCCUUGUUUAAGAAUUGUGAAUAUUGACAGUUUAAUUCAUCUUAAAGAUGAGGAAAUCAUUGAGAGAAUUGUAAAGAAAAACAAAUUAACUCUGAAUGAGGAAACUAUUAUCAAAAUCGUUCAUAGGGCCAACAGGAAAAAUGGAAUGACCCUUAUUCUUGAGGUUUCUCCGAUUAUUAGAGAAAUUAUAUGCAGACGAAAGGGUAAACUAAUGAUAGGUUACAAAACUUUCCAAGUCUCAGAUAAUUUCGGGAUUAAAAUCUGUCAUACUUGCUUAUCGUAUGGCCACAACAAUUGUAAUCAACAGAUCUACUGUCGAUACUGUAGUUUGGGUCACAUUGGCAAAUGUCAAAUUAAGGGAAACAGAAAACUUUACAAAUGUAAAUCUUGUAUGAGAAGUGGUCAUCAAUUUAAUGACCCGACUUGUGAAGUUUUCCAAACCAAAAUGUCUUAUGAACUUCAGUACAUAAAUUAUACAUAUGACUGGGUUAUGGCUGCUAAGCUAGAAUGAUCAUAAUUGUAUUUGUCUCCUCUUAAUCAUGUUAAAUACAAAUCUCUUACCCAAUCUCUUUGUAUCUUUGUAACAGACACUGAAUGAACACAAUUAUUUUU